UCUGAACUAAAACGUCUACUGCGCAUGUAAGAUUUACUGCUCAACGGGAUAUAAUUGGUUUAAUUGUAAGCUUGAGAACUCUGUCAACGUGCUAUAUUAUAAGAUAGCUUGAAAUCAUACAGAAUGAAGCUGAACGUAUCUUAUCCAGCAACUGGAUGUCAAAAACUUUUUGAAAUUGCAGAUGAACACAAAUUAAGAAUAUUUUAUGAAAAACGUAUGGGUGCUGAAGUUGAAGCUGAUUCUUUAGGUGAUGAAUGGAAAGGAUAUAUAGUCCGUGUUGCUGGAGGUAAUGAUAAGCAAGGAUUUCCAAUGAAACAAGGUGUUUUAACUAAUGGUCGAGUUAGAUUACUUCUUUCAAAGGAUCAUUCUUGUUACAGACCACGUCGUGAUGGCGAACGAAAACGUAAAUCUGUACGUGGAUGUAUUGUUGAUGCUAAUUUGUCAGUUUUAGCCCUCGUAAUUGUAAAAAAGGGGGAACAGGAUAUUCCUGGGCUUACCGAUACAAAUAUUCCUCGUCGCUUGGGACCUAAACGAGCAAGUAAAAUUCGCAAACUCUUUAACCUAACAAAACAAGAUGAUGUUCGACGAUUUGUUGUUAAACGACCAGUGCAAAAAGAAGGUAAAAAAGAACGCUUCAAGGCACCCAAAAUUCAACGUGUUAUUACUCCAGUCACUUUACAAAGAAAAAGACAUAGAGUAGCUCUAAAGAAAAGACGCUGUUUAGCUCGAAAAGAACAGGCUGCAGAAUAUGCCAAGCUUUUAGCUCAAAGACAAAAAGAAGCAAAAGCAAGACGACAAGAAGAACUUAAGCGAAAACGUAGCGCUUCAUUACGUGACUCUAAAUCUUCAAAUCAAUCAGUAGCUGUUGCAGUCAAAUAAACUAACAUAUAUCAUGUAUCAAAUAAAGAUGAUGAUCUGUUA